AUGGCGUCCAUCGUCGACGAUGACUCCACCCUCGACCUGAUCCGCGAGCAUCUCCUCGGAGACCUACCCCUCUCCCCUCUUCCCCCGCCCUCCGCCCCCCACGGCAUCGCCGUCUCCGACUACCUUGACACCACCCAGCCCUUCUCCGGCAGCGGCCGCAUCGAUCCCUACGGAGUGCUAGAAGCUUACCGCUUCGCCGAGCCGGUCGACCCCAUGAUCCGGUUCGGCGGCGACUCGCAGCAGGCCUCCGACCUCUGCCUCCCGUCGCUCACCAUCUCCCUACCCCCGGUCCGAAAGUUCGAGAUCGAGUGGACAGAGGCGGCAGCAGCCGUAGGGCCGGCGGAGCACAACGACGGGCGGCGGUACCGGGGGGUGCGGCAGCGGCCGUGGGGGAAGUUCGCGGCGGAGAUCCGGGAUCCCAACCGGCGGGGAUCCAGGAUAUGGCUCGGGACUUUCGACACCGCCGUCGAGGCCGCGAAGGCCUACGACCGUGCCGCUUUCCAGAUGCGCGGCUGCAAGGCGAUCCUCAACUUCCCCAACGAGAUCGGCAGCUCCGGCCGCUGCAUCCCGCCCCCUCCACCGCCGCUCGCGACGGCGGGGAAGAGGAAGAGGGCGCCGGCCGCGGCGGAGGAGGCGAAGGAAGGUGAGAUGAGGCCGAUCAAGAAGGAGAGGUCUCCGGAGAUGGAGGAGUCGGCGGAGGAGAAUAUUCCGUCGGAGAGAGAUGUUUUUGGAAGAGCUGACUUCGUUAUUAGGAGUGAUAUUGGUGUUCUAAUGGCCAUAGCUGGAGUGAAGAUCUUUGAUACUACUGUUCCAAUAGCAAAACUUUGUGCUGCUUGGAAGGCCUGA